CCUCAUGAUACAAGAUGCGGAGAAAAUCGUUUUAGGUCAUGCCCUCACCUUGCAUACUUCACAUCAGGUGUGUCAGCUUCUUAACAAUUGUUCCACACAGCAUUUAUCGGCCCAGCGCCGUGCAGGUUAUGAGAACAUUCUUCUCGCCACAGAAAAUCUUUCUAUCCGUCCUCACUCUGCCCUUGAUUCUGUGUCCUCUGCUCUCAUGCGCCUGCUUUCCUUGUCUGAUGCACACACUUCUUCCUUUUUUGACUUGCAUGACUGCACUUCUCGCCUGGCCGCUGAGACUUCUAUUCGCCCGGACGUCCUGUCCACCCCCCUUUCUAGUGGUCUUUCCUUCUAUGUGGAUGGCUCUUGCUCUAAGCCUUCUGACGGCACUUUCCUUUGUGGUUACGCUGUCUGCUCCCCUCCCUCUACUGUUGUGGAGUCCUUCUCUCUGCCUUUCUCCUCUGCUCAGGCGGCCGAAUUGUAUGCUAUCACGCGCGCCUGUAUUCUCUCUCAGGAUCAGGACGUUACUUUUUACACUGAUAGUCGUUACGCUUUCGGUGUCGUACACGAUUUUGGAGGUAUAUGGUCUCAACGUGGUUUUGUUACAUCUGAUAAUAAGCCCAUAUCUCAUGCCUCGCUUAUCGAGGACCUCAUUCGCGCUAGUUUCCUGCCUUCUCGUCUAGCUGUGGUCAAGGUCCGUGCUCAUCAGCGUGGCUCCGAUCCUGACUCUGUCGGGAAUAACGCUGCUGACUCUGCCGCCAGGCGUGGCGCGCUCCAUGGGCCCCCUUGCCCGUUUCUUGACUCCUCCUCUUUCUCCUGUGCUGCUCUUACUGUUGAUUGCCUCCCUGGCCUAGAUCUGGUUGAUAUCCAGUCUUCUGCCUCGCCUUCGGAUGUGCAGCAUUGGCUCUCGUGUGGUUAUGACUCUGCUGUUGUGCCGUUCCGUGACGGUAAGGGCCGUUUGUGUCUCCCCUCCCAUUGUGUUCCUUUUCUUGUUCCCGAUUUUCAUGGUAUUUCUCAUCGGGAGCGAAGAGGGGUGAAGCAUGACAUGUCAGAUUUGUUUUGCAUUCAUAAUUUGAAUUCGGCUAUAGACCGCAUUCUAGACCGAUGCCUAGUUUGUGCACAGAACAAUCCAAAGCCUAAAGGCCUUCACCAGGUUCUUCCCAAACCUGAGACGCCGUUCCAGGAAUGGCAAAUAGAUUUCACACACAACUGUAGGGCCCCACAAGUAUCUACUGGUAAUGAUUGAUAAAUUCUCCAGAUGGACUGAGGCCUUCCCGUGU